AUGCUGAAGGAUGAAGUGCGGACACGAUCAUACAUGAAUGCCAUCGUGCAGAACAAGCAUCUGUUUAAGGACAAGGUCGUUCUCGACGUCGGCUGUGGCACUGCGAUCCUCUCCAUGUUCGCCGUCAAGGCCGGUGCUAAGCACGUAAUCGGUGUCGACAUGUCGACUAUUAUCUUCAAGGCGCGCGAGAUCGUUGCCGCCAACGGCAUGUCCGACAAGAUCACUCUCAUUCAAGGCAAGAUGGAGGAGAUUGACAUGCCGUUCCCCAAGGUCGACAUCAUCAUCUCAGAGUGGAUGGGCUAUUUCUUGCUCUAUGAGAGCAUGCUGGACACCGUGCUGUAUGCGCGCGACAGGUAUCUUGCGAAGGACGGCUUGAUCUUCCCCGACAAGGCGACCAUCUUUCUGGCUGGCAUCGAGGACGGCGAGUACAAAGACGAAAAGAUCGGCUUUUGGGACAAUGUCUACGGUUUCGAUUAUACCCCCCUGAAGGAGACGGCUCUAUCAGAGCCUCUCGUCGACACUGUGGAGAUGAAGGCCGUUGUUACUGACCCAACCAACGUCCUCACCCUCGACCUUUACAAGUGCACAACCGCCGACCUGGCCUUCAGCAUACCCUUCGAGCUGAGCUGCCGGCGCGACGACUUCGUGCAUGCCCUGGUGGCCUGGUUCGAUAUCGACUUCACCGCCUGCCACAAGCCGAUCCGCUUCUCCACCGGCCCGCACACCAAGUACACGCACUGGAAGCAGACCGUCUUCUACCUUAAGGACGUUCUGACCGUCCAGCAGGGCGAGGAAAUCCAGUGCAGUCUGCACGUACGCCCCAACGAGAAGAACCGCCGCGACCUCGACAUCAAGCUCGAGUACCGCUUGGAGACGCAGGACCCGACGCGAGCCGCAGAGGGCUCAUGUCUGUACAAGAUGUGCUAG